AUGUCUCACGUCCCGACGAGUCCGCGCAAGCGCGCCACGUCGCAGGACUUUACGCCCGACCACGUACCGCUUGACCGCGUGCCGACCCCGACCAUUAUCCCGGACGAGUUCGACGACGUCGUGUCGCCUACCUGGCCCGAGCAAUCCGCCGCGACGUCGACCGCUCCAAGCGAGACGGACCCACGCGACACUCACGCCCAAGAUGAUCAAGAUGCCCAAGGCGAUCAAGAUUAUCAAGAUGCUCAAGACGUUCAAGACGAUCAAGGAACCGUACCGAGCUCCACGCAGCCUGCGCCCAUGUACGACGCAGCUACCAUCCAAGACAUUAUCGAGAAGGAAAUCGCCGAGCGUACACGAAGACUCCUCGACGAACACGCGCGAGCCACGACACAGCUCAAUGAAGCGCACCGCGAGCACGUCCGCCAACUGCACGUCGUAUUGCUCGAACGUGACAACCUGCGUCAAGAACUCGACUCUUCAACUCGCACUGUGAUGGCCAUCAACGACAAGCUCAAUGACCUCGAUGCUCGACUGACCUCGUCCGAGACGUCACGCCAACACACCAACGCCGAGCUUAACGCCGCGCGUCAUGCCUUGCAUGCGUCUGAGCAACAACGCGACGUUGCGUUGGGCUACGCAAACAACUCCAAGACGGCACGCGACGAGCUCGCGCAGACACUCGCCGACACUCGACGUACCUUGAAAGAGGCCAACGCAGCUCGUGACGCGGCAGUCGCCAUGGCGUCCUCGUCCGAUCAAGACCGUGACACCGCGCAUGCUUCUGCGACUCGCCAACUCCAGAACCAACUUGCCGCGAGCCAAAACGCCUACGCUCAAGUGGUUGCUGAGCGUGACGCAGCUCGAUGCGACGUCGUCGCGGCACACCUCGCGCGUGAUGCGGCCGUCCAAGCCGCUCACACCGCAGUGGCCGACCUCGAGUUAGCACGCGCCGAGCACUCCGACGUGGUUGCAAACCUCGAACAAGAAUUCACCAACCUCUCGCUGGAACUCACCAAGACGCACGCCGCACUUCGUGGCGCUCACGUCUACUGUGCGCCCGCUCCGGCGCCGCCUCCGACCAGUCCGUUUGAACGCGACUUUGGCCACACCUACGCUCAGCCCGCAGACGCGCCCGUCUAUCACCCUACGCCUCCCGGCGGCGGUGGUCUUCCUGGCGGCGGCGGCUUUCCUGGUGGCGGCGGUCCUCCAGGCGGCGGUGCUCCCGGUGGCGGCGGACCUCCCGGCCCUCCACACACGCCUCGCGGCGGUGGUACGCCUGGCGGUGGUAUGCCUGGCGGCGGUGGUCCUCCCGGUGUCCCGCCCGGCGGCGGUGGUCCUCCCGGUGGCGGUGGCCCUCCUGGUGGCGGUGGCCCUCCAGGUGGUGCUGGUGGCGGCGGCAUGCCUCAGCGCCCUUACGCCCCGACGUACUCCAACCCGCCGAACCUGCGGACUUUCAAGGUCGACAAGUUCACGGGCGAGCCCGCGUACCCGGGUUGCAGCGCAAACUUUCCCGAGCAUCUCCAACUGCUUGAAGAAGCUAUUCAGCGUGACGUGGCCUUCUACAACUCGCACUGGACGGACGAGCACCGACGCCACGUACUUCUGGGGUCUCUCGGCACUGCACCCAAGUCCUUCUACAACAGCCACGUGGAGCAGUGGAAGGCUGCCAAGCCUGACUUCGGCCUCCACGACCUCGUUACCCGGCUCACCGAACGCUAUGCGUCGAAGCUCACGCACGACCAAGCUAUGGAGUACAUGCGGCAGCCCAAGAAGUACAACAUGACGUGGGACGAGUUGGUUCGUUUCCUCCGUCACUUGCAGCGAGAAGUCAACGCACCGAACAGCCUCGUCCUCGACAUGUUCGUCAAGUACGCCUGUCCCGAGCUCACGCUCACUCUCACGACGCUUAUCAACCCCAACCGUCGUGAAGACGCCGAGAUUACGGUCGUCCUCGCUCGGCCACAACCCAGCCUACUCGCGACUCGCCCUACACCCCGCGCGCUCGCGCCAACGUCGCAUCUGCGCCGGCGGCCGGUCGCGACGGACGUGGUUCCCACACUACCAACGGUCGUGGCGCCGAACACAGCGGUCGCACUGGACAAGGUCAAGAUCAAGAUCCAGGUCAAGGUCAACGCCCCGGUCACGCCCGUUCCGGCUCGCCAGGCCCGCCGCGCGCGCUUUAUCAGUGCCCCGUCUGCCCCGACGAGUACCAUUUCCCCAGUGACUGCCCUCGUUUCUUGGCACUGCGCCCUCCAAACGGUCGUGCCAACAACAGCGCCGGUCAAGUCGCGCCGGAUACCGAGCCGACGACUGCUCGCGGCCGCCGCGCUCGCAACCGCGACCGCCGAGAAUCGACUGCCCGUGCCCAACUAG